ACGCGUACUCUCUGAUUACGUGUCUGGGCACGAGGGUGCUCCGUCGAUGAAGCCAAGUAUUUUAGCUCUAUAAAUUAAGCACCACGAUUCUCUUUUCCCAUCACUUUUUCAUCCGAACGUACUGGUGAAGCAAUCAGGUCGUCUAUACUCUUUCAAGAUGCAAAUCUUCGUGAAAACCCUCACAGGCAAGACCAUCACCCUUGAAGUUGAAAGUUCCGAUACCAUAGAUAAUGUGAAGACAAAGAUCCAAGACAAAGAAGGAAUCCCGCCUGAUCAGCAGCGUCUCAUAUUCGCUGGAAAGCAGCUUGAGGAUGGGCGAACUUUAGCUGACUAUAAUAUCCAGAAGGAGUCUACACUCCACCUUGUUCUUCGGCUUCGUGGGGGUAUGCAAAUUUUUGUAAAAACCCUUACAGGAAAGACCAUUACCCUUGAGGUUGAGAGUUCAGACACCAUUGACAAUGUCAAGGCCAAGAUUCAGGACAAGGAAGGCAUUCCUCCGGACCAACAAAGGCUUAUUUUUGCUGGUAAGCAGCUUGAAGAUGGCCGAACCCUUGCUGACUAUAAUAUUCAGAAGGAGUCUACGCUUCACCUGGUGUUGAGACUCCGUGGUGGGAUGCAAAUCUUUGUGAAGACCCUCACUGGUAAAACUAUCACUUUGGAAGUUGAGAGCUCAGACACUAUUGACAAUGUUAAGACUAAGAUUCAAGACAAAGAGGGAAUCCCGCCUGAUCAGCAAAGGUUGAUAUUUGCCGGAAAACAGUUGGAGGAUGGAAGGACAUUGGCAGAUUACAACAUUCAGAAGGAAUCUACUCUUCACCUUGUGUUGCGUCUCCGUGGUGGGAUGCAGAUCUUUGUAAAAACCCUCACAGGUAAAACCAUCACCUUGGAAGUCGAGAGCUCCGACACUAUUGACAAUGUAAAGGCAAAGAUUCAAGACAAAGAGGGAAUCCCACCUGAUCAGCAAAGAUUGAUAUUUGCUGGGAAACAGUUGGAGGAUGGAAGGACACUGGCGGAUUACAAUAUUCAGAAAGAAUCCACUCUUCACCUGGUGCUGCGUCUCCGUGGUGGAAUGCAAAUCUUUGUGAAGACCCUCACCGGUAAAACAAUCACUCUGGAAGUUGAGAGUUCAGACACUAUCGACAAUGUGAAGGCUAAAAUCCAGGACAAAGAAGGGAUCCCACCCGAUCAGCAGAGGCUGAUAUUUGCAGGAAAGCAGCUGGAGGACGGCAGGACUCUGGCUGAUUAUAAUAUUCAAAAGGAGUCUACCCUUCACCUUGUUCUGCGUCUCCGCGGUGGCUUUUAGAGUUUGGCAUUUCCAAUUCCUUUUUGAUGUUAAUCUACGUACUACUACUGUGUGCUGUUUGGUCCUGUUAAUGUUCAUGUGAACAAUUUCGGUAGGAAAGAAUAAAAGCUUCAUGAGCGUUUUAUGCGUUCUGUUUGUUCUUGGGA